AUGGCUUUAUGUGACUCAAACUAUUGCUUCAUAUGUAUUGAUAUUGGAGGCUUUGGUAAAGAUAGUGACUCGGGAAUUUAUAAAGAAUCUACUUUGUAUAAAAAACUAACCGAAAAAAAGUUAAAUAUUCCUGAUCCCGGACCUAUAACCGACAAUGGAUAUAUUAGAAUUCCAUAUGUAAUAGUGGCUGAUGAAGCAUUUGGUAUGUCGGAAAAUUUGAUGAGGCCUUAUGGAGGUAAAAUGUUAUCAUAUGAAAAAAAGAUAUUCAACUAUCGUUUAACUUUAGCACGCCGUUUUGUGGAAUGCACAUUCGGAAUUAUGUGCAAUAAGUGGCGAAUAUUACACCGACCACUCGAUGUAAAAAUUGAUUUUUUUGAAAACAUUGUUAAAGCGAUUUGUGUAUUGCAUAAUUAUGUCAGGUUAAGAGACGGCUUCAAGUACGAGGAUACACUUUAUACAGCACCAUUGACAGACCUAAAUCCAUCACACGCCGGACGGGCUAUAAAAGAUGCAGAUGUAAUUCGAAAAAAAUUUACCUCUUACUUUAUAAAUGAAGGGAAAUUAGAGUGGCAAGACACAACAUGA